CACACGGAGUCAGUCAGUACAUUUCAGUUGCAAAUGAAAAUUACAAACACUGGGAUUUGCUCUCUCUAUCGCUGAGAGAUUCUCUGUGAUCCAUGGCAAUGGCGGACAUGGCAGUCGCCUGCAAAUGCACAACAGCGAGGAGCAGCUUCUUCUGCUUAAGAGAAGUCAGUUUCGACGACAAGGCCGACGCCGAAACAUCCUCUGAAACGUUUCGACCCUUCCCGUCUUUAAAAAAGGCUUCUUCACUCGCUGCAGCCCAUCCCUUGUCAGAAACAGUAUUCUCAGUAUGGAUGCACGAGAGAAUUCGAGGUCCUCGAUAUUGUCGUCUUCCCGAGAUAACAGAAUUCCCAUAUAUGUGAUGAUGCCUGUCGAUGCCUUCUGCAGUGAUGGUACGGGGCGUCCAAGGAUUAUGAAAAUCAAGGCCUCAACUGUAGCUCUAAAAGCACUCAAGUUGGCAGGUGUCCACGGAAUUGCAGUUGAGGUUUGGUGGGGAAUUGUAGAGCGUUUCUCUCCUCUUGCAUAUGAUUGGUCUCUAUAUGAAGAGCUUUUCAAUCUGAUUUCUGACUCAGAUUUGAAGUUGCAUGUUGCCUUGUCUUUUCACUCAAACGUUAACUCUUCUUCUAGCAGAAAAGGGGGUGUAACUCUUCCACUUAGGAUCAUAGAGAUUGGUGAUCAGAAUAAGCAUAUAUAUUAUUGGGACCAAAAUGGAUUUUCCAAUGAUGACUAUCUUACACUGAGAGUUGACCAUGUUCCUCUCUUUUGCGGACGGACUGCCCUCCAAUGUUAUGAAGAUUUCAUGUCAAGUUUUGCUAAGAAAUUUGAAUUCUUAAUCGGAACUGUAAUAGAAGAAAUUAGUGUUGGUCAUGGUCCUUCUGGUGAACUUAAGUAUGUUACAGUUACACUAGAACUACGAGUAUGAAGCCAGACCAAUGAUUUCUUAUGCAACAUUGCUCACACAGAUAUCCUGCACAUCCUUUUGGUGAUGGUAGAUGGAAGUUUCCUGGAAUCGGUGAAUUCCAGUGUUAUGACAAGUACAUGAUGGGUGACCUAAAGAUGGCUGCACGCAAGGAAGGAAAACCUCAGUGGGAAGAGAAGGGACCACAAAAGACUGGCUGUUACAACAGUCUCCCAUCUGAAGUUCCUUUCUUUGGAGAAGGAGAGGGAAGCUUUCUUUCUGAUUAUGGGUGUUUUUUCCUUGUACGAAACUGAUGAAAGCAGCUUGCUUAAUUAUUUCCCAUGAAAAAUUUCUGCAUAGCUAAAGCCAGGUGUAACUUGCAUGACAUAAUUGCUUUUAUCGUUCUGUUCAUGCACAUUUCAUCCUCGAACUACCACUUAGAAUAAAAUGCAAACGCUGAAUUGAAGUUGUGUUUCUUUAGCCAUGCAAAAUUUCUGUGUAGGUGCAUCU